AUGGCUGCUAAUACAAAAUUAUCAACAGGACAGGGUGAAAAACGCGACACAGUGACUGAUAAUACUACCGAUAUUGAAGAAUCAGUGGAUAAGGAAAAGAAGAGAGAUAAUCUUCAAGGUUUUGUUAAAAUUUUUGUACGAGGUACUUUAUUUGAAAUGGCGAGAACAACAAUACGUCGUUCAGCAUUUUUGUGGCGAUUGAUCAACGAUCAACCAAAUUCAGAAGAUGGAUCUUACCGUACUGAUCGUGAUCCAAAGAAAUUCGAAUGUUUAAUGAAUUAUUUAUCAGAAAAUUGUGUGUCAGAUAUUUUACCAUGCAGUGUUCGAGAUUUAUAUAGUGAAGCAUUAUUCUAUGGCAUUGAUUUACCUGAGAAUGAUUGUUGGGGAACAACAUUAUCAUACACUUUGGAGAAUAUUAAUACGUAUGACAUUCGUGGUCAAUUGAAAUCCUUUGCCGAUAAACAUGGCAUUUUUGGUUGGGUCAAGUGGAGAGAACGUAUUUCACUUAAUAUUGAAUUUCAUUGUCAUCGAACAAUCGAUUUAAAUCUUAUUAACAAAUAUAUGUUUGAUCACGCUUCAAAACAAACAUUUAUGAUACAAUCAGAAAGUCAAAGAGAUAGAAGACUUUCACCUGCUCCUCUCUUUCAAUCUCCAAAAACACCUAAACAAGAUCAAAGCUCGAAAUCACCUCCGAAAGCUUCGUCGUCUACACCUUCUUCCAGUGACUCUUGUUCAGAAUCGGCCAAAGAUUUAUUAAAACAAUUAACAAUUGAAGAUGUUAAAACCUGGCUACAACAAACAAUGUUUCAUCAUUUAGCUGAAACAUGGUUUACAUACAACGUGAAUGGUAAAGAAUUACUUGCGAUCAGCAACACGGGACGUUUGACAAAUGGUACAUUUAUUUUAUCUGGAUAUGAAUUAGUACGGUUUAAAGAUAUUUUAAAUCGUUUUGGUUACGAACUUGAACUUCAAUAA